AUGCCUCCCAAAAAACGCAGUGCGCCAUCCGCCGGAUCGGCGCCCAAACGAGCGCGCCAGUCCAAACUCGCCAAAGAAAACGACGUCACCGGCGAAGAAGAGAACGAGAUCAAAGAAGUCUUCCACAUCUUCUCCACCAAGAAUGAUGAAUUCAAGAAUGAGAAGGAAGGCGUGAUACCCUGCGAAGAUGUCCGCAAGGCCUUGGUGUAUGUCCCCUCAAUCCCCCCUCGCUCCAGUUCCUUCCUACAUCCGGAUCUCCAAUCUACCUUCCUACCUACCUGCCUAUCUACAUGUCGCCGCGCAAACCCACCCACUAACGACAAUAUCUCAUUCAGAGCCCUCGGCCUCUCCCCCUCCUCAUCCUCAGAACUCAACUCCAUCCUCUCCGCCCUCGACCCCACAGACACCGGCUUCGUGCCCUACGAGCCCUUCCUCUCCGUCGCGGCCGCGAAGCUGCGAUCCCGCGGCGAAGACGCCAUGGUCGCGGAAGUGGACGCCGCGUUCCAGCUCUUCACGAAGGGAUCGGACGGCCCGAUCACGAUAUCCCAUCUGCGACGGAUCGCGCGCGAACUGAAAGAGGAGGGGCUCGGCGACGAUCUGUUCCGCGAUAUGAUUCUCGAGGCGAAUGGCGGCGCGGGCGUCGCUGCGGGGGUGACGUUGGAGCAGUUUCAUGAUGUUAUGAUGAGGGCGGGGGUUUUUUGA